AGGUGUUGAAAUAGUGGAAAUUUUCAAGUUAGAAAAAAAAUGAAAGAGAAUGGGUUUGAGAGAAGAGAGAGGUAUAAAGACAGUCGCUGGCAACCAAAUUGCUCCCCAGUUCACCCUGAGACAAGCCUCCUCUUUAGAACAACAUGAUGCUCCAGUCUGUCACAGAAAGCUUUGCCAAAGUGAUCCACGGCUUGAAGGUGGGACACCUGACAGAUCGUGUCAUUCAGCGGAGCAAGAGGAUGGUUCUGGAUGCUCUGGGAGUGGGGCUCCUGGGAACCAGCACAGAAGUGUUUCACAAAGCCAGUGGAUACAGUAAAAUCUAUAGUUCCAAUGUAUCCAGCACUGUUUGGGGCCAGCCAGAACUCAGGCUCCCACCAACCUAUGCUGCUUUCGUUAACGGUGUGGCUAUCCACUCAAUGGAUUUUGAUGACACGUGGCACCCUGCAACCCACCCUUCUGGAGCUGUCCUUCCUGUCCUCAUGGCUCUAUCAGAAGCCCUGCCACCAAGUCCAAAGUAUUCUGGCCUUGACCUGCUGCUGGCUUUCAAUGUUGGUAUUGAAGUGCAAGGCCGAUUACUGCGUUUCUCCAAAGAAGCCUAUGACAUACCAAAGAGAUUCCAUCCCCCCUCGGUGGUGGGAACCUUGGGGAGUGCUGCUGCCGCAUCUAAGUUUUUUGGGCUCAGCGUGACAGAGUGCCAAGAGGCCCUGGCUAUUGCUGUUUCUCAUGCUGGGGCACCCAUGGCAAAUGCUGCCACUCAGACCAAGCCACUUCACGUGGGCAAUGCUGCCAGGCAUGGGCUAGAAGCUGCUUUCCUGGCAAUGCUGGGUCUCCAGGGAAACAAACGGGUUUUGGAUUUGGAGACAGGGUUUGGGGCCUUCUAUACCAACUAUUCUCCUAAAGUCCUUCCAGACCUAGAUUCACACACUUGGCUUCUGGAGAAGCAGGAUGUGGCCUUCAAGCGUUUCCCUGCCCAUUUGGCCACCCACUGGGUGGCAGACACAGCUGCAUCCAUGAGAAGGCACCUUGUAACAGACAAAGGCCCACUCCCCAUUGACCGCAUUGAAAGAAUUGUGCUUCGAGUUCCAGAUGUCCAGUAUGUGAACAGGCCCUUCCCCAAAUCCGAGCAUGAAGCCCGCCACUCCUUCCAGUAUGUGGCCUGUGCCAUGCUGCUCGACGGUGUCAUCACUGUCCCAGCCUUCCACAAACGCCAGAUCAACAGGCCACAGGUGAGAGAGCUGCUUGGUAAGGUGGAGCUGGAGCACCCUCGAGACAACCUACCAAACUUCAACACACUGUACUGUGAGAUGAGUGUUGCCCUCAAGGAUGGAGCCGUCUUCACAGAGCGUUCGGAUACCUUCUACGGUCACUGGAGGAAGCCUCUGAGCCAGAAGGACCUACAGGAAAAGUUCAGAGCCAAUUCCUGCAGGACGCUGUCCUGCCACGCUAUAGAAAGGCUUAUAGAGAUAGUAGAAAACCUAGAAGACCUGGAAGACUGCUCUGUGCUAACCACACUUCUAAAAGAAACCUCUCCACCAAAGAUAGCUUCAAAAUCUAUCUAGCAUUUAACAAUUCCAUCAUACAAUCUCUCCUAUGGCUUGACAACAUCCAGGUGACUUUGUAUCAGGGGAAAUUCAAUUCUCUGCUUUAUAGAACGAAGGGUCUGUCCUGUGAAUAAGUGCAGCACACUUCAGCACUUCAGAGCCCAAACACAGAACUCGAUAUAUAUGGAAGCAGUCUUGUCCUGUAAAUUUUGCAAGACAGUUCCAGUUAUCUAGUUUGGCAAGCUAAUAAAGGUGCAAGAAACACAGAGAAAUUUAUUUUAAAAGCAUUCAUAAGGCUGAAAUUCAAGUCACCUGUACUUAGCUUAAACUUUUCAGAGGAAUUAUUUAUGAACCUUUAUGAACCUCAAGACAUGAGAGGGAUUUGAACUUCUACAUAAAACUUGCUGACAGUGAAGAUGGCUGUGGUCUGUUGUGCCACCAACAGACUUCUUAGACUAUGGGUUGUAAGAAUCCCUUCACUGUAGGGAGCCACAUUAGGCGUUACUGACAAAAUGGAGGCACGGCCCCAACUCCCUCUCCUUGUCCCACAGGCACGAACCCAGGAUGAAGGAGUUAGGCCUUGAGAUUCUGACUUGUUUUUUCCUCUCCUCGGCUGAGUUGACUGAAAGAAUAUUAAGGUGCUUAUUGUUCUUGAGAGGAGCAUGAGAAGGCACAAAGCCCUCUGCAGCUGUGCUCAGAGAAUAUUCAUAAAGUUAAUCAUUGACAUUCUUCAAGGACUUUUACAAAAGAGUGUUCCAGGAUGACCAGUAGGCCGCAGCUUGAGGCCAUGCGAGGCAUUGCUAUCUGAAAGCUAUUUGUGAGGGAAAUGUUUAUGACAAAGGAGUUUGCCGAAUUUAGGGCUUAGGAAUAAUUAAAAUA